AUGCCGAAAGCCGAAGCCGGGUCCGUGAAGGCCCUUUCCAAACAAAUGAAGAUGAAGGGCCUUCAGCGCCUGAGGUUCUAUUGCCAGGUUUGCGAAAGACAAAUGAGAGACGAAAAUGGCUUCAAGCAACACACACUCUCAGAGGCCCACGUCAGACAAAUGCAGCUAGUUGGCGAGGACCCUAAGAAAUACAUAGAAGGAUACUCUAAAGAUUUCCUUAGAGAUUUUGUUCAACUGCUUCGGACAUCAAAAGGCACAAAAUCAGUGCAAAUCAACCAGUUCUAUCAGACCUACAUCAGUAAUAAGGAGCAUAUACAUAUGAACGCUACGAAAUGGCCUUCCUUAACCGAGUUCGCGAAAUAUCUAGGACGCGAGGGGAUAGCGCGAGUCGAGGAGAAUGAGAAAGGGAUUCAUAUUGCCUGGAUAGAUAACUCGCCCGAAGCGCUAAGGCGACAAGCGGCCUUGCGCCAGAAACAAAUGCAAGAUAAAGGUGACGAGGAGCGCGAGCAACGAAUGAUUCGGGAUCAGAUACGUCGUGCCAAGAAAGAUACUGCUGGGCAAGACAGAGACGAAGAAGAGGAUGCCGAUGACGCCGCUGCUAAGGGGCUAGUACGACAGGAAGGCGAAAAGGUCAAGCUUUCUUUCGGAAUUAAACCUACUGCGCAGACCGAUACUGUUUCCCCAACACCACCAGCUUCGACAGAACCCCCGACUUCUGCGGCCGCUGAAGAGGAGACCUCGAAAGCUGAGCAAGCUGUAGAACCUGCAGCUACUGGCACUUCUGCGGGGAAACCUGCCCCUAUUUCCAUGAAGAUGACGGCGAAGCCCCAGACGAAGAAUGUGUUUGCGGCUGCGAAGAAGAAUGCCCUAGCAAGCGGACAGAAGAAGACUUCGGCGUUCGAGCAGCCGAAGAAGAUGAGCGAGGCGGAGCGGAUCAUGAGAGAGGAGCAGGAGAGGAAACGGUCACGCGAAUUCUCGGGUUCGGGGGGACCCUCAUUUAAGCGUCAAAGGACAUAA